AUGGACUCAAUUAAAAGUUUAUUAGGAGAUAAAGAACCAGAGAAAGAACCAUCAAUGUGGGAUGAUUUAAAUAAUCAAUGUUCAUUAACAUUUACACAACGUGUUAUUGGUUUUGCAGUAUGUGCUGCAUUAGGUUUAUUAUUUGCAUUCUUAUCAUUAAUGUUUUUUAUAUCACCAACAACAUUUGCACUUUUAUUUACAUUAGGUGAUAUAUUAAUGGUUAUGGCUACUGGUUUUAUAGUUGGACCAAUUAAACAAAUUAAAAAUAUGGCAGAACCACAUAGAAUUAUUUGUGCAAUCGUAUUUGUAGCAUCAAUGAUUCUUACUUUAGUUGCAGUUUUCUUAGAUUGGGGUAUCAUUCUCGUCAUUUUCUUCAUUUUAUUCCAAGUUGCUUCAUUAUUAUAUUACACUUUUUCAUAUAUCCCAUAUGGUAGACAAUGUUUAAGAGGAAUGUGUUCUUCUGUUGUCUCUGUGUAA